AGAAAAACCCCCAAACCUGGUACAUGGCAUUUGCAGCAGCUUUAUUCAGAAGAGCUGACAAGUGGAAACAACCCAAAUGUCCUCGGCUGGUAAGUAAGUAAGCGACAUCACACGGCGGAGUAUUAUUCAGCUAUAGAAAUGAAGUCCUUGUCCAGGCUGCCGCCUGGAUGCGCCCUGAAAACAUUCAGAGGCGUUCCCGCUGUGGUGCAGGGGGUUGAGGCGUUGCCACAGCUGUGGCGGAGGUUGCAGCUGCGGCUUGCAUUUGAUCCUCGGCCCGGAACCUUGCAUAUGCCGCUUCCAUGCGGCCACAAAUGGGAAACAUUUACAAAUGCACACAGAGCGAAAGGAGCCAGGCUCGAACGACUCCACGGAUGAGGAACAUCCAGGAGGGGCAGGCCCGCAGCGGCUGCCCAGGGUUCAGAGGACAGGGCAGCAGGGAGUGCCCACCAAUGCCUGCAGGGCUUGGGGGGCUGUGGGGAGAAGGCUCUGGAAUGAAGCAGUGGUGACAGCUGCUAAACACCCUGAAAUGAACACCUCAAGUGGGUGAGUUGAUGGCAUGUAACCAUGGACCUUAACCAUGUGGCUAAUGCAACAGAUAAACGAAGGGACAACACGAGUUUGGUCCAGCCCGGCGUGGAGAGAGACCGCACUCUGGCCCCGAGGUUCCAGCAGCUGAAUGCCCUCUGUCAAGACACUGCCCCCACCGCAGCCAGACGCCCCAGGCGAGUGUGGUUUCCGCGUCCAGAGCUCGGGAAAAGCAAAUAUGUACUCACACAACUGUGCCCUCCACUAUGAGCCACGAGCCGUGGGGAUGUGUUUCUGGCGCCGUCCCCCACCCAGCUGCCGGAACCUCCUGGGAAAGCUGGAAGCAGCUCUGGACCCUUCUCAGCCCAGCCACACGCUGCUCCUCUGGCCACUCACGCCCCCGGCCACCCUGCAUCCUGUGCCCUGUGGUCCGAGUGCACCGGGCUUCUUGCUACGGAGCCUUUGCGUCUGGAGGGUGAAGGCUGCCACAAAGGUUCACAGCGGUAGCGGUGACAAGCUGGACCUUCACAUGAGGAUGCGACACCCCAGCCAGAACCCAAUGCUGAUCCCUGAUCUGCUGUCAAGAGGGACAGACAGACAAAAAGCAAGCGCCCACGUAAGUGCUAAUGGAGCAAAGGGCUGUGCGGGGCAGAAGACGGUCUGGCGAACAGGAAAGGGGCGGUCUGCUUCUCCGUUUUGCCGCGAGGCCUCUGGGCUGGAGGCAGCAGCAAGCCGGCCAGGUCAGGCGGCCCUUGGAAGCCCUGGUGGGGCGGCUGGGAUUUAUUUUAAGGGACAGGGAGCGCCACCGCCGUUUGGGGGAGGGGCGGGAUUCAAUGAGACGAUGCGCUCAGCACAUUAUGUUUAGCGGCUGACGCGCCGGGAAGCGCUAGUUCUCCGCAGUUACUACUGCGCCCCACCGGCGGAGGAACCCCUUCCAGCCUUCACCACACCGGCAGUGACCCCCGGCCCCUGCCUCUGCCCCCCGGACUCCCGAUCUUCAUUCCACGGAUGGUGACCUCGUGGGCAGGGAGUCUGACCCGCUGCCUUCACCCCCGCCCUGGGCAAGAGACCCCUGGGGCCUCAUUUCCACCCCAGGCGCAGUGACCGAGGUCUCCGUGGGCAGGGACUUCGCUCCCCGGAGAAGGGACCAACCCCCAGCCUUCGCCCUUGGGGGAGGGGAGAAUUGGGGCAUACGCCCCAAUGUCUCCAGCCAGGGCGGGGGAAAGCUGCCGGGCACACUUUCGUAGGGGGGAAACCUAAGACCCGGGAAAACCGUCUACAAGCUCCCGGAGCCUCGGUCCGGAGCAGACGGGCGCGUACGGCGCGCGGGGCUUUCCGUCCCCGCCCCUCUACACACACAGACACACACACA